AUGGAACAGAAAGCGCUCAGGAUCGAAUGUUCAAUGUACAUCGACACUUCCAGAAAAUCAGAGCAUGGAACAGAGUCGCUGAGAAAGGAUGUGGCCUGUAAAACAUGGCGACACGAUAAAACGCGGACCGGUACCGUUGAGAUGUCCCGACUUCUUCUCACACUAAAUCCAUUUGGGCAGAGGUACUAUCCAAGCUUCACACCGAUACUUGCACUGGAAUAUGGCUCCAAGGGAGCAAUGGAAACGAAGACUGGUAUCAGAAUACAGUCGAACCGCCGCGGCUCACUAGUUACCGUUGUUGCAAGUCAGCGGUUCCCGACUCCUCACUUUCUUGUGGAUCGAAGCCUAAAUAAGCUACCGCACUCCCGGUGCUAUACAACGUCGUCCCCGACAAAGCGGAACCGUGCAAUUAGACAUGUAUGGCACAUCGACGUUCGCCGUCGAGGUUUAAGUCCUGCAGACUGUACGAGCACCAUACACCCUGUCUAUCCGGCAUCGGAUAGCCCUGUAUUACUGAAUAUCGCCUGUGACUCCAACGGCAAGUUCAAAAAAUUGUCCACGAAGGUGUCGAGAGAAUUCACUGUCCCGGCGAGCCAAGCCAAUGCAAGCUGCGCAUGUGAGCAACCAAUGCGUUCCCGCGGACCGCCGCCUUCUGAAUGUCGUCAGAUCACAAGUUACGCUGGAGGAGAGACGGAACUCCUGAAGUUUGUCUAA